UCUGGGAGAGCUCAGCUCUCCAUCCGUCCCUGUGCCUUGGCCUUUUGCCUGGUGGGGCUGAAUGAGAGAGCAAACCCUGCGACCCGGCAAGGAGAGAGGGCCGGGAUCAAUUGACGCAUUCCUGAGUAACGGCUGUGUCUUAGGACAGUAAAACCUCAUCGGGUUUAACGUGGAGAUGCUGGCACUGAUGACUCAUGGAAACGCCGAGCUGAAUCCAUUUCCUCUCUUACACAGGGCUGGGGGAGGCGGGUGUGCCCCUGUGACAUUGCUGCAAGGACCAGGAGAGAAAGCCGAGCCGCGGAGGGGACACCCGACAGCACGGCCUGGCACGAGAGGUGGCAUUAAUAAACAACAAACAGGCUCGCAGGCUAAAACCAGCCAGUGUGUGCGUGUGUGUACACAUCAAAGAGCUCCAGGCAGUUCGUUAUAAUUCCAAUUAACAUGGGAAAGUUAAUAACUGAAAGAGAACCCAUCAGAUUUUAAACAAAUGGGAACCGGGAGGGAGAGAGACUAAAGGUGUCUUUAAACUGGAGCCAAGGUCACAGCUGCUACAAAGAAAUAACAAAUAUUGAAUAUAUCCAGUGGUUUAGGCAAAUGGGGGCUUCAAUGGGUACAAAGUGGGGUGGAGAGGAGCUGAGCUUUGCUGGGUUUAAAAGGGCCAGAAUUAAAUCCCAUAAAGGCCAAAAACAAGAGGAGAGAGGAAAGGAGACAUCUCUUUUCUUGCUGUUUUGGGGAAAUCAGCAUUUCCUCUGGCAUUGAGCUUUGUAGGGAAAAUAUUUCAAACCCUGACAGUACUAUUUAAUGCCUGGGAGCUCAGACAAGGCUCAGGGUCCUUUGUUCUCAUGUCUGGCCAUCUUUGGGGUGAUCCCAGGCUGGGUUAUGUGGACACCCAGGACAAAGGCACAAUGAGCAGUGCAGAACAUGUCCACGAGGGCUCAGCCUGUGAGCAAACAGCCCUUCCCAGCCACUAAGGAAGAUUUAAGAGCCAGUCACAUCAGCCCAGUCAAACCCAAUUGCUAUUGAUAAUGUCCAUGUGCAAUUAGAGCCAAUUAAGGGGAGACAGCAGAUGACAAGUGUUUGGCCAGGAGCCGACGGGGGUCAAUACACCAGUCCAAUUUCCCAACAACUAAAUGCAAUUAAAGAGUAUCACUUACCCGGCUUGCCCAGGAGGGCCAGCACAUAAAUGGGCACGGCCAGGUGCCGGGUGCCGUCCUGGCAGGAUGCAGAGCUCCAGGAGCAAGCCCUGCUCCUGCCCCAGCCUCAAGCUGCGGGAGGUGGCAUCCAUGUACUUCACCAUGGUGGCAGCGUUCCUGGUCAUCCUGGUGGUGGCCCUGCAGGGCUCGGCGCCCCGCCAGAGCGAUUUCCCCUACAAGGUGCCCCUGGAUCCCCAGGGGCUGCUGGAGCUCUCGUGGAAUGUCAGCUACCCCGAGCAAGCCGUGCAUUUCCAGCUCCUCAUCAGGGAGCUGCAGUUUGGGCUCCUCUUCGGGAUGUCGGACAGGGGCGAGUUUGAGAACGCGGACCUGGCCGUGCUCUGGAGCGACGGGCACAACUCCUACUUUGGGGAUGCCUGGAGCGAUGCCAAGGGGCAGCUCCACAUGGAUUCCCAGCAGGACUACCAGCUCCUCGGGGCUCGCAGGGCUCCUGAGGGGCUCUACCUCCUCUUCAGAAGAGCCUUCAGCACCUGUGACCCCAAGGACUACCUGAUAGAGGAUGGCACCGUGCACCUGAUCUACGGCAUCCUGGAGAAACCGGUGCGUUCCCUGCAGGCCAUCAACAUCUCUGCCCUCCACGGGGGGCUGCAGAGGGUGCAGCUGCUAAAACCCAACAUCAGCAUCCCUGAGCUGCCCAGAGACAUGAAGACCAUGGAGAUAACAGCCCCAGAUGUUGUCAUUCCCAGCCAGGAGACGACCUACUGGUGUUACAUGGCAGAACUCCCAGAGGGCUUCCCCAAACACCACAUCAUCAUGUACGAGCCAGUGGUCACGGCGGGCAACGAGGCUCUUGUGCACCACAUGGAGGUUUUCCAGUGUGCGGCCCAGUUCGACAGCUUCCCCCGCUACAACGGGCCCUGCGACUCCAAGAUGAAGCCGGACCGACUCAACUACUGCAGGCACGUGCUGGCAGCCUGGGCCAUGGGGGCACAGGCUUUCUAUUACCCUGAAGAAGCAGGUCUUGCCUUUGGUGGCCCAGGCUCCUCCAGAUAUUUGCGUCUGGAGAUCCAUUACCACAAUCCCCUGGUGUUCAAAGGUCGCCGCGACUCCUCGGGGAUCCGGCUGUACUACACGGCCACCCUUCGUCCCUACGACGCCGGAAUCAUGGAGCUGGGCUUGGUGUACACCCCAGUGAUGGCCAUUCCCCCUGGAGAGGACAGCUUCGUCCUCACAGGAUACUGCACUGAUAAAUGCACCCAGCUGGCUCUGCCCGCUGCUGGCAUCCGCAUCUUCGCCUCCCAGCUCCACACACACCUGGCAGGGAGGAAAGUGGUGACGGUGCUGUCCCGGGACGGGAGGGAGCGGCAGGUUGUGAACGCUGACGGCCACUACAGCCCUCACUUCCAGGAGAUCCGCAUGCUGAAGGAGGUGGUCGCAGUUUUUCCGGGCGAUGAACUCAUCACCUCCUGCACGUACAACACCGAGGAUCGGAGCAGAGCCACCGUGGGAGGGUUUGGCAUCCUGGAAGAGAUGUGUGUGAACUACGUGCACUACUACCCCCAGACCCAGCUGGAGCUGUGCAAAAGCGCUGUGGAUCCGGGCUACCUGCACCGGUACUUCAACCUCGUCAACAGGUUUAACGAUGAGGAGAUCUGCAUGUGCCCACAGGUGUCUGUCCCACAGCAGUUUUACUCCAUCCCCUGGAACACGUUCAACAGGGAUGUGCUGAAAUCCCUCUACGGCUUUGCUCCGAUCUCCGUGCACUGCAACAAAUCCUCCGCUGUCCGGUUCCCGGGCGAGUGGGAGAAGCAGCCGCUCCCCAGCAUCACCGAGAGGCUGCGGGAGCCCGGCCCUCGCUGCCCGCCCGCCCCGGGGCCUCAGCCUGCUGCCCCCGUCCCCCUCCCCCUGGGCCAGCUCCGGAGGGACUGACACGGUGCCUGCCACCAGGAAAGCGCCUCCAGGCAGGAGCAUCCAUCCGUGGGGAACAUCCCUGCCCGCACAGCCAUGCCAGCCGGUGCCCUGGCCCUGCCUCCGGAGGGGGUUAGAGCUCAGCAGGCAGAGUUCAGAAAGUGCUCCGGGGAUGGGAAGAGCUAUAUUUAGUGUGUUAUUAGCAACGCUGCCUCUGAGUAAUGCUGCUUCCCACCCCCGCAAUAAUAACGGCGAGGUUUGCUACGGUGCGGCCCCGGGGAGGGGGGAAGGAGCUUGUUUGCCCGCAGGGAAACUGAGGCACGGAGCAAAGGGAUGUGUGGGAGCAGCACAAAAGCCUUGCUUGGCGUCCCACGGUCCCGCCUAGCUCAGGAUGGCUCCGCAGGUGCUCUCCCAUGCUGGCAGCUGUGGCAGGGAUGGAGGGAUGGAUGGAUGGAAAGAGGGGUGCCACAACACCCACCCCACACUCCCCUCCCUCCCCUCCCCACUCCUUCCCCCACUCCUCCACACUCCGGAUUGUUCCUCUCCAUGCCACCAGAUGCCAAUGGCUGGGAACAAAUGAUACCUCUGGGAUGGGGUUUGGAAAAGGGGAGGGGAGGAGGGGGAAUGACAAA